AUGGCAUUUUUGACAAUACAGUUUAUAAAAAAUGAAGUAUUAGUUUUUGUGGUAACUGUUAUAUGUUUAAUUUAUUUAUGGUUUCAAUAUAAGUUUUCGUACUGGGCGAAAAGAGGAGUUUUCGCACCUAGACCUACAUUCCCGUUCGGAAACAUUCAAAAUGUUAUUAAAAGAAAAGAACAGUUUUUCCAACCUUACUGUGAUAAUUAUUUCAAGUAUAAGCAUUUGCCGUACAUAGGAAUGUAUUGUUUUAAUCAACCGGUCCUCAGUAUAAAUGAUCCAGAUCUUGCAAAGCACAUUUUUAUAAAGGAUUUUGAUUACUUUCAAUCACAUGGCAUAUUUUCUGGAGGCGCUGGCGAUCCUUUGGCAGGUCAUUUAUUUAAUUUGCACGGUAACGCUUGGAAAACGUUAAGAUAUAAAAUAUCACCGGCGUUUUCAUCGUGUAAACUAAAAUGUAUGUAUCCACUAGUGGAAAAAAUUGCUAAGGACGCACUCAACUAUGCCGACGAGCAACAUUCGAAACAUGAAGCUGUAAAUUUUUCGGAAUUUUACGAAAAAUAUACGAUGGAUAUAAUUGGAAGUGUCGGUUUUGGUGUAGAGUGUAAUGGAUUAAAAAAUCCGGAAUCGGAAUUUUAUCUACGCGGGCGGGAGUAUUUUACGCCGAUUUCUUUGUACUGGACAGUAAUAAGAAGUUUAGCAUUUUUUAUGCCUAAUUUUUUCAACAAACUCAAGAUAAAACGUAUUAAUCCGGCCAUAAUUAAUUUUUUUUAUAAUCUAGUGAAAGAAACAGUUGCAUAUAGAUACAAGCACAACUAUAAAAGAAAUGACUUUCUCCAAACCCUUAUCGAGUUGAAAGAAAACUCAACCACAAAUAUCAAAGAUAGCGAAAUGCAAAGUCCUUUUACAAUUACCGACGUAGCGUCUAACACAAUGCUCUACAUGUUCGCUGGGUACGAAACAUCAGCAACCACGGGACAGUUUGCAGCAUACGAACUAGCACUCAACCCGCACGUGCAGGUCAAGGCUAGGGAGGAAAUCACCAGAGUGCUCAAAAAAUACGGAGGAGAAUGCACGUAUGAGGCACAGAAUGAAAUGAUUUACGUCAAUAUGAUACUCGACGAAACAAUGAGAAAGUAUCCACCACUGCGAGCAUUGUUUCGAAGAUGUACAAAGGAAUACAAGCUGCCAAACAGCGAAGUAGUUAUAGAAGAGGGAACAUUGGUGUUUGUACCAAUUAACGCGAUUCAAAUGGACCCAGAUAUAUUUCCGGAACCAGAGAAGUUUAAGCCGGAACGUUUUUCACCGGAUAACAAAAAGAAUAUGCAUCCAUGUCAUUGGAUGCCUUUUGGUGAAGGCCCGAGGAAAUGUUUAGGACUUCGACAAGGAUACAUUCAAUCGAAGUUGGCACUAGUGAAGCUCUUGCACAAUUACGAGUUAUCGCUAGAUGCUCGCACGCGAGUCCCUAUGAAGAUCAAGGCCACAUCACUGGCUUGCGCGGCGGACAGUGGCGUGUGGAUCCGGCUUAAGAAACUAGAAGUGUAAACAAUGCUUUAUUUAUACUACCUCAUUUGUUUUAAUUUGUAUAAUUACUUUAAAAUGUUUGAUUUCUUCGAAAUACAUACAAUUUUCGUUUGUCUUACAUUGUGCCAAAAUGUUGAUUAGUUUUAAAUUUAUGUGUAAACAAUUGAAUCUAUUUGUAUAAAAGUAAUUGGUUUAUAUGAAUGUUUAAUUAAGAGUUUGUCGGAUGUACGUAAAUAUAAGAUCCUGAUAAUGGGUAAUUUGAAAGAGCUUGGUUAAGAUAGAAUGUAAUUUAGUCAUAAAGAAGAAUGGUUUAUAGAAAGUAUUAAAGUGAUCUUUAGGUACCUAAUAUUUAAGUAAUUAUUUUUUAAUAUAAAAGUUAAAAGAAA